CUUCACUGGGGAGCUCCGAGGGGAUGUCUGGUCUGGAAGGACUACUUCCCGCUUCUUCUCUUCGCUGCCUUCUUAUUUUCACCUUGGGAAAGAAUAUGUAGAAGAUGGAAUCCAACUUCUUCUCAUCACUGAUUCUUGAGGGGAAGUUUCAGAAGCUCCAAGGAUGUGUGGAAUUUUUAUUAGAAAAAUAUAUUUUUUUAAUUGAGAAACAUUACUUUUGCUCAACCUGCUUGUCAAAUAUGAAUCAUCACAAUUUUACGUAGACUUCCAGCAUUGUGCAAGACCUUAGACAUAGAGUAGAAGUCAAAGUAUUUUAACAGAAACUGAUAAAGGCUUAAAACUAAGGAUGACAAACUCUAGACCCGAUGGGGCAGUUAGAUGUGUAUGGACCAAUCUUCAAAUCUGACAAAGACCAAAAGUGACCAAGGCCACAAGCGAGAUGCUGGUGGCCUUGAGUCCCUACGCACAGUUCCAGCCAAGCUGCUUCCACCUCGUGAAGAUGGGUUUUGUGAUAGGUUACACCACGGGCAUGGCGGCGGGGGCGCUCUUCAGCAUCUUUUCCUGUCUCAGGAUCGGAAUACGGGGUCGGGGUUUGAUGGGCGGUGUCAGGAAAACCAUGAUGCAGAGCGGCGGCACCUUUGGCACAUUCAUGGCCAUCGGGAUGGACAUCUGAUGCUAAUCAGGGCAGUGGUUGCCCACUACAUCCACCCCCUCACAUCAGUCCCAGUCCGUGUACUAUAAUAAAACAAGUCUUUGAUUUAAGAAAAAAAGUUGACAAAGACCAGACCAGCAUAGUUGCCCUUGUGAAAUCUAUAACCAUAUUAUUGCCAUAGAUAAACAGAUUAUAGGGUUCUUCUGAAGGCAGGACUCUAAACUACCUUGUACUUGGCCAAGUUGUUAGUUUAGUACUAGUGCACAAAGAAAAGAGUGCCACCUGCUGGACCAGCAAUGAUACUCCCUCCCGAGCCAGGGCUACAUGGCAAGGAAGACAGACACAGACUCUGAUCCAAAUCAAAUUCAUAUGCUUGCCUUUAAAUUAGUUUAACAGACAUUUGGCAUUAUUCAGCUAUUCCUUAUAAGCUUCUUUUGCUCAGCUGACAAAUGAAUUGUUCUUCCAGAAUAGACUUUUCCUGUCGAAUAUAUCUGGGGGGGCUAAUUCAAUUAUUUUAUAUUUCAAGAUUAUACUUACUGCUUAUAACACACAGUUUGACAUUAAGUAUAAUCCAUUUUGUAAAGCACUGUCUCUUGACUAUUUCCUCUUGCAGUCUCAGUUCACUCUUUUCUUUAUAAUGCAAGUCACCAAUACAUUAAUUCCCCUAGUCAUGUAUCAAUAGUUGUGAAAAGUAAUAUGCCAGGGCUCUGACUUCUAUCUGGCAUGCUUGAAUGGGGAGAUGGGAGGAAGUAUUGGCAAGGAACCCCAGGGGGAUGCAGGAACAGUGGGACUGGUCCAUCAAGGUGGGGAUGGAUAUUAUAUCACUGAUAUUGUUUAGAAUUUCUGCACAUGAUGAUAAAAAAAAAUGCAAGCUGACUUAGUUUUAUUAUUUCUUUUCUGUUCUCUACAAUGUAUCUCUUAUUGCCUGAACCAAGGACAGACCACUCUCACAGCAUCUUCCCAAUACA